AUGGAAGUUAUUUGUGCAGAAAAUGAAAUAGUGUUUAAAGAUAGAGAUGUAACUUAGAACUGUGAACACUUGAAAAAAGUUUUAGCUAAAUAAGAAUGUGAAAGGAAGAAUCUUCCAAUCAGAUUUGUUCUGGGUAAUUAAUGUUCUCUGAUUAAAAAGACAAACUAAUUAUAAAAUAAGAAGGGAAUGCCAAUGCUUGUAUCAAAAGAUCGAUAUACAGAUAUAGAUCUAGUUUUAAGUGAAAUAUUAGAUGAUUCAACUGUAAUAAGCAAUUUUGAUGAUGAUAAAUAAUAUAUAAUAAGGGAAUUUCCCAUAUUAAAUCAAGACAUUGAUAGUAAAUUAUUCAAAGAUAAGUAAAUUGACAAAUUUGUUUAUACAGGUUACUAUUCAGUAAAACUAGCAAGUUAGGGUAAAAAUUAGAAUAAUUUAUUUUCAAAUUCUUUGUAGUAGUAGACUUACAUGAAAUAUCUUAACAGCUUAAAUCACAACUGAAGCAUAAGAUGAUACUUCUAAUGCAACUGAAGAUAAUUAAGUAUCAAGAGCAGAAACUUAAGUAGGAUUCUGUAGUGACUAAUCUUGUUCAACUAUGACUUGA